AUGGAUCCAAUGCAAGAAGAAAUGUUUGACAUCAAUCAAUUGAUGAAAUACAAGUUGCCUGACUCCUCUCGAACCUUUUUAGAGACUAGUUCUUCACUUCAAAAUUUUGUUGUCCAUGACCCGGGAGAAGCGACAUCUCUCUCCAGAAAAGCUUUCAAUGCAGAUUUAGAUGCAAGGCAAAAUGUUUCAUUCCUCUUCUAUGUUUCUAACAAUAUGAGUAAUGAUGGGCUUUCCAAUAUAUGGUGUGAAAAUUUUAACACUCCAUGUGUGACCAUGUCACAAAUUUUCACUCGACUUGAUGACCUCAUGAAAAUAUUCAUCAACAAGGACAGCAUCUCGAACAGCAGUGGUGCUGUUUUCAACGUUCAUGUGUCGAUUGUACUUCUCAAUGAUACGAAUGCUAAUGUUUUUUGCACUUCCGACUUUGUAUUAGUGACACCUCAAUCUCCAAAGUUCAAUUAUUUGUUUGAAUUUUAUUCAUAUCGAUACUACUCAAAUGUUGUGAUUCUUCAAAAACUGCAGUGUGUGACACCCCUCAUGAGUGUUCGUUCAGAUAUUACUCGAAUAUAUUUUCAUGAACUAGAAUUGACACUUCGAGUAUAUUCCAAACCUGGACUUAGUUUUGAAACGUACAAUUGUUAUAUUUUGAAUUCUUUAUUUAGCAUUGGAUAUAACACCGAUUUUGCAGAUACUGCAAAUGAAAAUGUAACCAAAGCAAAGGAUGUAAUUUUUGAAUAUGUUUUUUCUCAAGAACAAUUAGCGAGCUCGUUUUACUUUGGAAAUUUUGAAAAUGCACAUUUCGGAAAUGUAACGUUGACAAAUGUUGUUUCAUCUAGUUUCAGAAAUAUCAACCAUUUAAAAAUGAUGGACUGCAUGAUUCCCAAAGGAAGUUAUUAUUUCUUCAACUCAAUUACUUUACAAUUUCUGAACCUAAGAGCGAAAACGAUGGCUAUUAAAAUGAGUAAAGUGGAUUCCUGUGAGAUUGCAAAUUCCAUGUUUGCACUUUCUGGUUACUAUUUGCCAAUUAUUUUAGCCGAAUUUGGGAGAGAACUUGUGGUUCUUAACGUGGUUGUUUGGAAAGUCGACCAAUUUAUGGCUGUGAAUGCAUACGAAACUGUAUUGUUCAAAGAGUUGAAUAUAUUUAAUUGUUCAGUGGACCUGAAUGCACCAAGAUUGCAACGAUCUGUCAUUGAUGUGAUUGCAACUUCUACUGUCACUAUUGAAGACUCUCAAUUUUCAUACAAUUAUGGGCAAUUUGGAGGAGCCUUUUUUUUCGAAACUCUCGCCACCUUACGAAUCAAUAGUAGCACCUUUAUUGGAUGUCGUUCAUCACAUAGUGGUGGUUCCAUAUUCAUUUAA